GUACUGAAUAAAUACGCAACUGUUUUAUGUGCACAUGAAACCCAAUCACACAACAUGGCCUCCCUAAUCAGCCCCAUUUGACAGCUUUUUUUCUGUAGAUAUUAACAUAUAAAAAAAUAAAGUACAAGGGACACCUCAAGAAUCUCAUGUGGGGCUCUCAACAUAUUUUUGUGAGGACAACAAGUUAAAAACUUUUGGUUUAGAAAUAUUUGUAAUAGCCCAUGCAUGUGUUUGAUGAAAUGUCUGUUCCAGCUUCUCCUAAAAAUGACCAAAUGGAACCUGGAGUGCUUCUUGAAGAAAGUUGGUUUUUUGGGAACUUGCUUGAUAGAAAAUCAAGAAUGUUGAGAUGUUAUUCUGAACCUUGUCCUUCCUCUAAGAAAUCCCAAGAUUUUUCAGCUGUAAAAUCUAUGGAGGAAACAUUUUCCUCACUACAAAAACUCCCACAAGGGAAAAAAUUGAAUCUUGAUUCAAGAAGAAGCAAACCAAGAUUACAAAGAGCAUCAUCAGCAGCAGCACAGAGGGGUAAUCUGCAGAGGGCACCUUCUUUGCCUGUUUUUGUGGAUUAUAAAGAAGAACCCCAUGAUGAAGAAAGUGAUUUUUCAAUGGGAAAAUUGAUUAGACAAGCAUCUAUAAACCAAGUAAAAAUUUCACCUCCACAACAAACUUCACAUGUCAAGAAAGUGAAUCUGCAGAGGGCACCUUCCCUGCCUGUUUUUCAAGAAAGUGAACAAAUUCAUGAUGUAGUAGAAAGUGAUUUUUCUAUGGGAAAGUUGAUUAGACAAGCAUCUAUAAACAAAGUAAAAGUUUCACCUCAGAAACAUACUUCACAAGUAUUGUUACCAAAAGCAUCACAGAGUAGGGCACCUUCUUUGCCAGUUUUUCAAGAAAGUGAACAAAUUCAUGAUGAGGAAAGUGAUUUUUCUAUGGGAAAGUUGAUUAGACAAGCAUCUAUAAACAAAGUAGAAGUUUCACCUCAGAAACACACUUCACAGGGCAAUCUGCAGAGGGCACCUUCUUUGCCUGUUUUGGCAAAAAGGGAAGAAAUUCAUGAGGAGGAAAAUGAGUUCUCUAUGGGAAAGUUGAUUAGGCAAGCAUCUUUGAACAAUGCAAGAGUCUUGCCUCCUAAACAUACUUCAAAGGGUCUCACAAGAAGUCCAAGCAUAUCUAGCAUCUCAAAGCACCAUCUAAGGAGAAAACAAGAUCAACAAAGCAAGAGUACUAGAAAUAGUUCAAAUGGUUUAGAGGUUGAAGAUUUGCAAGGUUUCAAGAACUUAGACUUGAACAAUGAAAAGAAGGAUUCAAUCUCAAAAUUUGCAAACACAAGCACUCCAGACUUGAUGGAGGAGAACAAGAAGAAACAAGUUGGUUUAUCAGAAUUCGACGAGAUAAAAAGACCACCUUAUUCACCAGAAGAUCACAUGAAAGAGCAAAUCAAAUAUUGGGCUAGAGCUGUGGCAUCUAAUGUUCGCUAAAAGUGGCUAAUUUUGCAAUUUUUACUUUAGGAUAUAAAGCUUACUUUCUUACUCUCUGAUUACAACAGAAACAUCCUCUGUUUCUCAUCUCAUAAGACAAAUUAUUGUUAAUUACAAGACUCGUUAUAUAAUCAAAGUAUUCAUUGUGGGAAUAAUUUUGUAAAAAAGGAUUUGGUGACUUCUAUAUGAAAAGAACUGACUUUUUUUGCAACAUUUUUAUGUAGUAGCAUAUCAGUGUUUAGAUAUAACAUGUUUUUUUCUGGA